AUAAUAAUAACGAUGCGGAACCAUAGAGGUCGGAACUGAUGUCGAGCGUCGCAAAAUCCCGACGAGCCGUUUUCACGGUGACUAAACGUCAUUUAUCUGGAGCAGCAAUAUCAUAUCGGCAGUUGUAAUGGAAGGGGGAGGGGCAACGGGUGUGGACCUCAGCAGGAAGUUUGUUUCGGAGACGGAGCUCGAUGAGAAGAGAAAGAAACGACAGGAGGAGUGGGAGAAGGUCAGGAAACCUGAUGACCCGGAGGAGGCCCCAGAGGAGGCGUACGACUCGCGCUCCCUCUUUGAGCGGCUGCAGGAGCAGAAGGACAAGAAGCAGGAGGAGUUUGAGGAGCAAUUGAAAUUCAGGAACAUGGUGAGAGGAUUGGACGAGGAUGAGUCCAGCUUCCUGGACGAGGUCUCCCGGCAACAGUGUCUGGUGGAGAAGCAACGCAGGGACGAGGAGAAGCAGGAACUGCUGGAAUACAGAAGCGCUCUAGUGAAGCAAGCGUCUGUCGAAACACGCAGAGAGCCCGAGAAGAAGGCAGCACCUAAACACUCGGGACCGGAGCAAAGGACCAGCCACCUGUCUCAGGCCCACCUGUUGGCUGGAGCAGUCAAGAGACGCAGUUCUUCCCAGUCGUCAGACAGCAGUAAGAAACAGAAGGUUGAGAUCACAACGGCGGCCACAGGAAAUGGAGACAGACAUACAGAGCAGGAGGCGGGAGCAGGAGGAGGAGGAGCAGGGGGAGCUGGUGAUCGACACGCUGUCCCCGACCUGAAGGAGAAGGUGCCGUCGGCCCCCCCGGGCUCCGGUCAAGGCGUGCUGCACCUGCCGUCGGCGGCCGUGUGCGUCGGCGUUCUACCGGGACUCUGGGUCUACUCCGGCAGCAGCGACUCGGAAAGCAGCUCGGACAGCGAAGGUAGCGUGGACGCAUUCAUGGUGCCGUACCCCCGGCUCAGCAAGGCUUACAGAUAGACACAACAACACACACACACACACACACACACACACACACAACCUUUGACUCAUGUUUACCUGCCUGUAGUUUGGUUUGCAAACAGUCAGAAGAGGUAACCUCACACAAGAAAUGCACACACACACACACACACACACACACACACACACACACACACACACACACACACACACACCCACACACACACAGACAGAGUAAAGGUCAUACAUAUACACAAUGUUAUACAGGAACACACACACACAGAAAGCAGAGGCUACAAGUGCAUAUCAUGUUAGAGUCAUAUACUGGCAACCAGGGGCGUAGCACUGGGGGGGAAUAAGGGGACAGACUACCCAGGACCCAAAGGUGGGGCUGGAAAACCCUGGAACUAGUGUUUUCUAAGUAAUUAGUGUCAUCACAUAAAUUAAAAAUUGGCGGAAUACUUUGGUUGAGAGACUGAACUAUGUAUUUCGAAGAGAGUUUGUCUGAGGUUCUCCCUCUCACCGCCUUACAAAAGGCGCAAAAAGGUUUAGUCCGCCCGUCACGACUCGGCAUGAGAAUCUGUCAGCUGAUCUACUGACCGGUGACUUCGUCUGACGUUGUGUUCCCUCGAGAAAACGUGAAGUCUGGGUCCCAGAAGAGAAAAGAAAGAGAAUAAAAACAAACCGAGGGAAAACAACUGUUAAUUUCUUUCAAAAGAAAAGUGGUUAGCUAUUAGCAUCUCCUACCACGCCGUUUAGCUAGCAGCUACCUAGCUGAAAUCGACACAGCUGCUAUUGCUAGCUAGCUAAUUGUAACUUUUACUGGCUGAAUACAGUAGAAGUUAGCUAGCUAAUAACUCUUAGAACACACACACAGUAUCAUAAAUUAAUCAGCAUCAUAGCUGCAAACACACACACACACACAAACACACACACACACACACAGCAGACAUUUCCAGUAUUCCUGUUGUUUUCACAGCUGUGAGUUGAACUGUUGCUCUUUGUCGCCAGACAAAGUUCAGCCUAGUCAUUUUAAGUCCUAACAAACAAUUUAACAAUUCAAACAAAUUUUAAUUUAUCCUGAACUAAAUCUGUGUAUCUAUUUGUGUGUUUGUUUUUUUCCCCUAUUGUGGCUCUCAAACAUGACACCUCCGCCCUUCCUUUCCCCCUAAUCACAUCUC